AUGAGAAGGAAGGGUUACAGCGAUCCAUACUGCAUGCUGGGCAUUCAACCGGGAAAUAGCAGCACUCUACCCAGUCCUCAGACGAAUUUAGGCGGUCAUUCUCCCCACACUGCACCAUCUUCGCCCAGACAAACGACUCGAGCUUUAUCGGAGGGUGGCUGUGAAAUCGAAAAUUCUCAUCACGAAAAGCUUAGAAAACACUCCAGUUUCAGAAUUGCAUCAUUUAAGCGAAAGGAGCCAAGUUGUAGGCGAGAACAUCGAGAAUCCCUGAGUGGUGAAGUACCUGCAAAAUACAUAAGAGCCACUUCGGUAAAGCACCAUACACUGAAUCCUCGAUGGGAGGAAAAGUUUCCUUUCGCUAUCGAUGACAUCAAUACCGACAUCUUGCACUUAGACAUAUGGGACCAUGACGACGAGUCCUCGGUCCUUGAUGCUGUCAGCAAGUUGAACGAGGUUCGAGGGGUCAAGGGUCUUGGUAGAUUCUUCAAGCAAAUCGCUCAAAGUGCAAGAUCCGGAAGUCAGGAUGAUUUUCUGGGCUGUGUUAACAUUCCCGUACAGGAUAUUCCAAGUACGGGACUGGAAGGCUGGUACAAGUUGCAAGCUAGGACUCAAAGGAGCAAUAUACAGGGUCGAAUUAAACUUAAGCUUUGGCUUUCAACGCGAGAAAACAGAGGCACUUCCGAAGAGGACAACUGGGGAGAACUUCGACAACAAGAGAGAUUGUACACAAUAUUUCUCAAUCACGAAAUCAGCAAAUUAGGGAAAGACUUCACGGGAGAGUUGUCGCAAACGGCACUGACGAUUCUUCAUCAACAUGCGCUACAGGGUGACAUUACUGAUCUUCAACAAGCCAUUGUUAGAUGGGUUGCCAGCUCCAGACAAUCUGUAGUUGAUCCAAAAAUUCUGCACAGGUUUCUUCAGGAUAUAGAAAAUAUGUGGCAUCCAACAGAACUGUCCAUAGAAGAGAUACAAUACCUAGCGGACUCCUUCAACGCUUUUUUGGACGUUACUUUGAAGAAAGUUCGCCAGCAUCGAGUUCUGUUUCCUCCACUUCAUCAACCAGCUAUUUCCAAACUUGAUAACCUCCUCAGGUGCCUUGGUCUAUUGUCGACAAUGUCGGCCUACCGGAAAUGCUGUCCCUUUAACAAAGAAAUGCGCGGGGAGAUAAUAACAGCCCUUCGAAAAGGAACCUUAGAAUGGUAUCAAGAAACGAGGAAGCAGACAAUGGGACAUGAUCAGGAACCUGAUCAGGAUCCGGAUAGAGUCCUGCAGGAUUUCACAAAUUUAGUUACUUCUCUUUUGGUAGAUCUUGAACAGGGUCAAAUUUACUAUAACAGUCUGUUCGAACACACGAACGGAGUACCCUAUUUCUCAGCGGUCUAUAAGCAACUCGAAAAGCUGCUGGCGGAACACGUGGCGAAACACAUGGAGAACACAGCCGAGAUGCAUGAUGAACUUGGAGCGAGGGUGACUACAGCUUGUCUCCAAAUUCAUGCUCAGGACAGAGAAGACUACGUUUUACCACCUGGUGCUGAAAUUGGAACUCCUAUUUUCGAACUUUAUUUGGCUCUACAGGAAUUCAUGAAAAUGAAGAAACAUCUUCCACAAUCCGAUCACAAAACUUUAGCGAUCUGCAAAUAUUACGAGUGGUUUAAGCCAGCCGUAGAUAAGUGGUUAGAUUUGGCUAAGCUAAAGGCAGUGCAGCGAGUUAGAAGAGCCACUGAAUUGGAUAGAAUGUGCAUUGGAGAAUUCAUAGUGAAGCAUUGCACGUCAGCAAUCGAUGCAAUUUCGUGCUUCGACCAGAUUAGAGAAUUUUGGACUCGACUCGAGUGGCCAGAUAUUCCCGGAUCUUACAAUUUCGUCAUGAAAAUUAUAGACGCAAUUUGUACUCCUGCAAGUUACUAUUCUGAGCUAAAACAUCAGAAACUGGUAGAUGGAGGCUAUUACGAGGAUCAAACUCCAUACAAAACUACUGACGAGGUAAUCGCACAGAUGUGUGUCGCUGUGAACGAUUUGGAAUAUGUGAGAAGAUGGUUAGAAAAUUUGGCAGAAAUGCUCCGCAUCGAAGAACUUUUUGCUAGUUUGGAGGGACAAGCAAGUGAUCAAGUUUAUAUGCAAUGGAGACAUACAAUGAUUUCACCACUUGAACAAACUCUGGGUCAAAUGAUGCUUUUCAUAAAUCAGAUUAUAUCAAGAAUUGGAGCUAAGAUGAGACCACCAUUGAAAAAAGCAAUGUUUCAUCUCGCUUGGUCGCCAGAAAGUCUACCCACAUCUGAAGCAAUUGCUCCUCUUGUAGAAUACUUGGAUGUACACCUGGGAGCUCUAAACUCGGCUUUACUAUCAACUAAUUUUUCAAGAGUGCUCCGGGCGAUUUGGGAAGUGGUCUUGGGCGAGCUUUAUAAUCAAAUGGACGGAAGUGCAGCAGAUAAGCCACCUCUAUUUUAUGACAGACUUCAUGAAGCUUUGGAAUUAUUAGUAGGAUUCUUUUAUGCUGAUGAAAGAGGUCUGACUUACGACGCAAUUCGCUGCGAAAUAUUUUUGAAUGUUGAGGAAAGACUAGAAUAUCAUAAAAUGGACACCACACUUUUAAUUGACCGAUACUAUCAACAACGAUUAAUGGACCAAAUGAACACAUUUACAGUUGAGUAUGGAGUUUUGACAGUAAGAGCUUACUUGAAUCAUGAUUCACUUUGUGUCGAGGUUAUAAGUGCCAGAGACGUGAUUCCUCUUGAUCCAAAUGGACUAAGCGAUCCCUUCGUAAUAAUAGAACUUCUUCCUAGACGAGUUUUUCAACAUUGUGCUGAACAACAAACGAAUGUUAAAAAGAAGACUUUGAAUCCUCUCUUUGAUGAAUGUUUCGAAUUUUCGGUGAGUGUAGAACAAUGCAGAAGUUCAGAUGCAAUGGUUUUAUUCACUGUAAUGGAUCACGAUGUACUAACCGCUAAUGAUUUUGCUGGUGAAGCUUUUUUGGGACUUAGCAGCAUACCUGGGGUUGCAGAUUCUAAUGCUAGCAUCGAUAAUUUCCACGGCCUCAAACAUCAAGAACUACCCCUUAUGCAACAGAAAAAUAAGCACCACCCAAUACUGCAGAUUUUGGAGUUGCGAACAGGCGAUAAGCUCGCACUUGAUUUCGUAAAAAAGCAAAAACUGCGUUUUGCCACCUAAAGAGAAACGUUUUCCAAAAACCGUUAUGAGACGAACAAUGAAAAAAAAACCAAGAAAAAAAGUGGCACCACGAACCAAUCAAAGUCCAUCCCUACGAGAAAAAGUUCGCUCACGUUGCUCCUUAUUAAUCGAAAGCGUAAAACUUGUUCAUUUCCGUGUAAAUGGUGUCGAAUGUAAUUGGUGUCGAAAUAGGGGCUAUAAAUUAAAAAGAAAAUAAGUGAAAAACUAUUUUUGUGUCAAUGUCGAAGUCAGAAAAAAACAAUCUCUGUGGAAGGAAAAAAUAUUGCGAAAAAAAGAAAAAAAGUAAAUCAAUAAGAAAUUGAUGUGCUGUAUCUGUAAUGAUAAUAUGGAUGUCUACAAACUACUAUACUCACGCACCUGGAAGUGAGGCGACCUCGAAAUUGAUUCAAGAAGAAAUCAAAAAUUAAUAUCACGAGAGACAAAAUUAAGGAAUGUUUAUAAGGAACAAAAAUUUUAAAAGGAAGACAUUUCAACGAUUUUUCAAAUCGAGAAAAAUUUUUUUUUAAUGUGGUUCUAUCGCAAAAAAUAAGAACAAAAACUAUACAUUAUUUGCAGCAUUUUUUAUUAAAUUGAAGAAUCAAUCACUUUGUUAUAUUAAGAAUUAUUUCACUUAAUGAAUGAGGCUUUUGAAAAUUAAAUUUAAAAAAUCGAUACUUCAAUGUUAAAAGAUCAGCUAAAUCAAAAAAAAAA